AUGCGCGCGCGCGGUCUGCGGCCGUGGGCCCCGACGACGCGGUCGGGGCCCGCGCCUUGGGCUCCACGACCGUGUCUCCUCUCGGCCCCUUUGGUGGCGGUGGCGGGUCCUGCGGGUCUCCCUUGCCCCUCCACGGCGAUGGGCUGGGAGGACGGGCGUAUUAAAGAUCAAGGCCACGCAGAAUCGCAAUCGGCUUCUUUCGGGCUUUCUCUGAAGAGUCUGGCUGUGCUUUUUGCAGCGUCCUCAGGUCUUCACAUGCAGCAACGAGAGCGAGGAAAACCGGAGGCGAAAGGUCCCAAGGCAUCCGAAAGGGCCCUUUUGUCCGGCUUGCGGAAACAGGGCCUCGAGCGCCGAAUGCGUUUCUCGCUUUCUCUGUCUGCCUCUCCCUCGCGACCCUCUGCCUGUCCUCCCUAUUCCUGCACAUCGCACCCGCGUUCGCCUUCAUUCCCUGCUCCCUCCUGUGCAUCUUCUUUUUCGCCUCUUUGGCACGACUGCGCUCACUCUUCGUCGUCCGCUGGUCAGCGUCGCCUGCGCGCUGCCCUCUGCGCCAGCAGACCCCCUGAGGGCGAGCUCGACGCCCCUUCCGCUCAGCCUCCAGGAGGCGCGUCCUCUCCUCCUCACUCCGCUUCUCCAGCCCGCACCGCCCCCCGCGUCUCUUCUGCCUGGUCGCCCCUUUCUUACUUUCCCUCCUCUUCUUCCUCUUCGUCCUCUUCUUCGUCUUCGGCCUCUCCGUCGCCGUCUGCGUCAGCUGCUGCUCACGGCGACGCAAGUCUCUCUGCGGUGAUUGAGAAGCUGAUGCCGGCAGUCGUGAGAAUCUACCGCGUGACUGGGGCCAAGGCGCCCGCGCGAGACAGCCGCCAGGCGCCGACGCGCGAGGCGGAGCCUGAGGCGCCUGGAGUUGUCAGCGUCCAGUACGCUGGAUCCGGUUUCGUCUUCAAACCCGAAGGCGUGAUCGUCACGGCCGCGCAUCUCUUUGGCGAAGAGGUCCCUGAGGACGGCGGCGGGUCGUUUCACGCGCCCGAAAGCGCCUCCGCGUUCGCCUCGCCUGGCGCAGUUCUAGCUCCGCCCUUGAAUCCUCUGUCUCCUGCUUCUUUUUCGACGAAUGUCUCUGCUGCCAGCAGAAGGGAUGAAAAGGAGGAGACGCUCUAUGUCGUGAAGCUGAACGACGGCCGACUCUUCGUCGGCGAACUCCGCGGCAAAGACGAACGCUCCGACGUCGCAGUGCUUCGCCUACGGGCGCCACAGGGGCAGCCUCUUCGCCUGCCGGCCGUCCGACCGCGCUCGCCGAAGACACACUCCGCGCGGCCUGCUGCGGUGCCGGAGAGCCUCUUCCGCCCCCGAGUAGGCGAGCCCGUGGCGGCCGUCGGGACAACCUACUACGGCGACGAGCCCGUCGGUGUCUGCGGGAUCGCGAGCCAGCCGUCGCAGUCCUUCUCCUCUCUGGCGGCGGGCACCAGUGUGCGAUUCAUUCAGCUGGGGGUCAUCACGCUUCCAGGCAUGUCUGGCUCGCCGGUCGCAGACGUGAACGGCCAGGUCGUUGGCAUGGUAGUCAAAAAGUUUCAGGACUACGGCCUUGCACUUCCCAUCCACUUUGUCGCAGCUGUCGCCGAACAACUGGAUGUCUCAGGCCAGUACCGCGCGCCUUCUCUCGGUCUAGUUUUUCACAGUCCCAAAAGCGCUGCGGAGAUCGGUGCUUUCGCCCUGGCAGCCGGCGAGGACGCGCCCGUCCCGGUGCCCGACGAACGCCGGCCGCCGCUGCGCGUCGAGUACGUUGUCCCUGAGAGCGCGGCUGCGAAGGCGGGGCUGCAGCAAGGCGACGUCGUCGUUGCGGUGGAGGGCUGCCCCGUGACGCAUCUGCACGACCUGUUUGACUUUGUUCUGAGCCGAUCUCCGGGUGACGGCAUCGAACUGGAGAUCGCCCGAGGCGGGACCCGACGCGCUGCCCAGGUUGUGCUGGCCCCGGCGCGGACGCCGUGA